CAAAAAUCAAGCGUCUAGUGGACACGCAUUUGAUGAAAAACGUUCAACAGAUAAAUAUGAUUUCAUUUGAAAACAACUUGUAAUUUACACAAUUUCUAAAUGGCAAAAGAAGGAAGAUCAUACAGAAGGCGAUCCCGCAGCAGAUCAAGAUCUAAGUCUAGGGAUAGAAAAAGAAAGCGUUCACGGUCGAAAGAACGAAAACGCUCCAGAUCUAGGGACAAAAAAAGGUCAAGGUCAAGAGAAAGAAAAAGGUCAAGGGAGAGAAAGAGGUCACGUUCUAGAGAUAGAAAAAGGUCACGUUCUAGAGAUAGGAGGAGAAAAGAUGAUAAGAGAAGGAAAAGGUCACGGUCAAAAGACAGGUCAAAGAGUAAAUCUCCCAGCAAGUAUGGUGAGGGAGCUAUCAGAGUCAAGGAUGAACCACUAGACAAGGAGGAGGAACAGAAAAGACUUGAGAUGGAGAUGCAAAAGAGACGCGAACGAAUCGAGAAAUGGCGGGAUGAACGAAAGAAGAAGCAAGAGCUCAUACCGAUAAAUAUCGCUAUACCGAGCAAGAUAUGGAGCCUUGAGGAUGAGGAUGACGACGAUGAGGAGGGGGACACCGAUGGAGAGAAGAUGGAAGAGGAGGAAGAUGAGGUUGAUCCUCUUGACGCUUACAUGCAGUCGGUCACUGAAGAAAUCAAGAAGCCUGAUCUCACAAAUGCAGGAGAGGCAAAUAAUCAGAGUACUAAUAGUGCUGGUAAGGGGAAAUUGACCAUUAUCACAGCGGUGGCGAAGAAGAAAGAGGACCCCACCAUACAGAAGGGCGAGCUCAUGGACAAUAACACAGACCUUAUGGAGUAUUCGUCAGAAGAAGAGGAGGAGGACCUUGAUUCCGCCAUGGCAAACAUGAAUAAACAGAAGAAAAAGGAUGUAGUGAUCACAGACCACAGUAAGGUGUACUACGCACCAUUCCGGAAAAACUUCUACGUGGAAAUCCCGGAACUCGCUAAACUAACACCAGAAGGAAAAGUGGAUAACCUCGGUUAA